AUGGACACGAGCGACAAACUGCACUGUGAACCCGGAUACUCCGCGCCCAUGCCAUCGGCCUCCCGAGCUGUUGUCAGGCGCGAAGGGGCGCGCCGUCUUCUGGGGAUCCUCAGGUCGAAGGCGACUCGCAGGGCGACUACGGCUCUGCCACCUAUCACCCUGGCCCUUCUCUGCUUGGACGGCGUCUUCCUCUCCCCAACCGAGAAUGACUUUGUGCACCGCGUCCACGAGGAGCUGGACCGCUUCCAGCUGCAGAAGCAGCUGUCCAAGGUCCUUCUUUUCCCCCCACUCUCCAGUCGCCUUCGGUACCUGAUCCAUAGGACAGCAGAGAAUUUUGAUCUUUUGAGCAGCUUCUCUGUUGGGGAAGGCUGGAAGAGGAGGACAGUCAUCUGUCACCUGGACAUCAGGUUACCCAGUUCAGAUGAACUCUCUGGCCCCUGCCACUCUCCUGCCUCCCACCCUAGCAAGUACCAAGGUCCUUGGCCCACCUCAAACCAAAGACUGGCUGCUGGUCCCCGAGGGGUACGGGCAGGCCGGUGGCAUCGAGGACGCAAGCCGGACCAGGCUUUGUAUGUGCCUCGGGCGCUGCGCAGGCAAGAAGAAUGGGCACUAACCCCUACCCCAGAGUUCAAGGUUGACGUUCCCGCUGGUGGGCUUAUGGAAGAGCCUGGAGAUGUUGGUGAUGGGGACCCCAGCUCUGCUCAGGACCGCCCUGUGUUGAUGAUUCAGGCAAAAGAGGACCUAAAGGGCCCAAGCCAGCAUUGUGAGAAUGAGCAGCUGCUGGAUCCAGUGGGCACUGAGCCCGUGGGGCCUGGGAGCCACUCAGGGGCGGGAGACAGCCUGGAGAAGGCCGCGCAGCUUUCGUCAGGUUUGCAGCUGGACUUGGAAAAGGGGAAUUGGAGUGAGCUGGAGAAGAGCCUGACAGCAGAGGAGGAAGAGGAAGAGGUGGAAGUUGAGGGAGCUGUCAGCUUCCCCGAGGAAGAUUACAGUGAGCUGCUGCAGGAGAUAAAGGACAACCUGACCAAGAAGGAGAUUCAGGUAGAGAAGGUCUGUGUGGACACAUCCUCCUUCGUGGAGGAGCUUCCUGGAGAGCAGGAUUUUGCCCACGUGGUGGAGAUCUACGACUUUGCAUCGACACUCAAGACUGAGGACCUGCUGGCAGCAUUUCCCGAGUUCCAAGAGAAGGAGUUCAAGAUCCAGUGGGUGGACAACACACAUGCCCUUGGCGUCUUUCCAUGCCCGGCCUCAGCUGCUGAAGCCCUGACCAAGGAUUUCUCAGGUCUCAAAAUCCGACCCCUCACGCAGGGAAGCAAGCAGUCCAAGCUGAAAGCAUUGCAGAGACCAAAGCUCCUGCGUCUAGCGAAGGAGAGACCACAGACAAGUACAGCAGUGGCCCAGAGGCUGGUGGCCCGGGCCCUGGGGCUUCAACACAAAAAGAGAGAGCGGCCUGCUGUCGAGUCUCCUACCUCCCUGAGGCCUGAAGAGGCCCAGCCAGCCUGGAUCAACUCCCCAUGACAAGCUGGGGCCUCAACACCACAAGCCUUUACAGGGACCAGAGCAGCCCUGUCUCCUGCUGGAGCUUCCCUGUGGGACGUGAAGCUUCAGUUUGGUCCAGUUUCAGAAGUUGAGAACAAAAUAAAAACUUAAAAUUUUAAAUAAUAUAUACUUAGGAAUAAAUCUAAGAUGCGCGACACCUCUACACAGAAAACUGUAAAAUGUAUUUGAGAAUUUAAAGACCUGAAUUAAUGGAGAAAGAAACCAUGUCCUUGAA